AUGCUCCCAUCCCUUUGUGAGCUCGUUGCCAUAUCUCCUCCUCACUUCCCCCAAAGGACAGCCUUUCUGACCUCAGGGAAGAAGCGAGACGUAGACUCUGGCGACAGAGGCCCUCCAGAUGUGCACAAGAAGCUGCCGUCCAGUGCCGGAGAGGACCAAGCUGAGCUGCUGGGGUUUGCGAUGAUGGCCUUCUCAGUUCUCAUGUUCUUGCUUGGAACGACCACCCUAAAGCCUCUUAUGCUCCGCACUCAGAGAGAAGAAUCGAGCUGCACAACCAUCCACACACAGAUCACGGACGACUGGCUGGACUGUGCCUUCUCCUGUGGUUUAGACUGCCGAUGUCAGGGGAAGUACCCAUGCCUUCAGGUGUUUGUGAACCUCACCCACUCGGGUCAGAAAGCUCUUCUACAUUACAAUGAAGAGGCUGUCCAGACAAAUUCCAAGUGCUUUUACACACCCAAGUGCCACCAAGAUAGGAAUUAUUUGCUCAGCAGGGCUCUGGACGUAAAGAAAUUCUUCGAUCACAAAAAUGGAACUCCUUUUUCAUGCUUCUAUAGUCCAGACAGAUCGAAAAGAGUCAUUCUUACAAAAAAGUAUGACCAGAUGGUUAUCUUCCACUGUUUAUUUUGGCCGUCACUGACUCUGCUAGGUGGUGUCCUGAUUGUUGGCAUGGUGCGACUAACACAGUACCUUUCCUUCCUGUGUGAAAAAUACGGCACUGCGGUCAGAGAUGAGGUAGGUGGCAAAGUAUCCUUUACAGGACGGCAUCGAUUCAAACUGUGGAGUACGGGGAGGAGCAAAGAAACGAGCAGAGAAAUCUUAAGACGGCGGCCAAAUUAG